AUGUGGAUGUGGCACAUCGGCUGCAAGAUGGCCGACCUAGACUUCGUGCGUGAGUUCCGCGACGUGGACGCCCUCCUGAUGCAGGAGUCCGUCGGCUUCCUCCUGCACCCGAAGUCCCCAGUCAGCAGGCUUCUCGUCGACCAUCCCACAGGCUCGGGAAAGACGCGCGAGAUGAUCAAGGUACUGGACAACUACUUUUUUGAUCCACGCCCGAAGGUGCCCAUCUUUCCGAAGGACCCCGUAUGUCGCAACUUCUACUCCGAGCUGCUGCGUUGGCCCAGCCGCUACCGGGAUUUUUUCUGCUGCGAGCGCCCCGACGACGCGGCUAUCUGCUGCCAGCAGGUGGCGGCGAACAAGCGCAGGGCGGAUGGCGCGGCGGCGGACCAGGCGCAGGCGCCGCAGGAAAAUGGCACGCCCAGCUGGAAGGAGUUCCGCUUCCACAUGUGGGACCUGAGCAACUUCACGGAGGGGGAGGCGCGCCGGCUGGGGUACGCGAUCCGCGAUGUGUUGGAGAUGAAGGGCAUGUUCUUCAUGGGCAGGGUCCGGACUUCGCUCCGGGCGGCGUUCCACAAGAGGCACCCGGGCGAGUUCAUGCCCGCCGCGCCCCUGCGGGCCAUCAACUACACGUCGGCCGGCGGCGCCUUCAGCGCCCUCUCGCCCGCGGGGAGGCCCGUGUCGUGCCUGAUGAAGAUUGGGUUCGAGAAGGGGGGCACCAACGUCUACUCCAGCAAGAUUGUGCUGAUGGACGAGACCCACAACCUGGUCCGGACGCAGACGCAGUACGGGGAGCAGUUGCAGCGCCUCCGCGACCUGCUCAAGAGUGCGGGGAACCUCGUGCUCGCCGGCUUCACUGGGACACCCAUCCUGAACGAGCCGACGGAGGGCAGGCAGCUGCUGGACAUCAUCAAGGGCGAGGGCGCGCCAGAGGGGGACGAGGGCUACCUGUCCUCGUUCCCGAUGCGCCCGCAGCCGCUCUUCCCUGUGUCCCUGCCCAGAGGCCUGCCAGACGGUGUUCUCACGGCGUCCCGCAGAAGGCAGCUGUGCACGAAGGUGGAGAUACACGGCGAGACGCUGAAGAUCUACGACCUGAAGCGGCGGCUUCAGCUGCCACCCCGGCGCCUUCGGGCCUACUGCAACGUCAGCACCUUCCACGCCACGUUCCACGACGGCAAGAACGGCAGCAAGAUCAAGGUCCUGACCUUUCCGGAGGAACACGCUCCGAAGUUCCUGGCCAUCGCGCAGGAGGUCGCGUCCUCCCCGCUGAAGGCCGUCAUCAUGACCGGGCGAUUGUCUGGGCACGUGGUGAUGCUGGAGCUCAUGCGGUUCAUCGCCGCAAAGGCGGACCCGCCGUUCGGGGUCGCCACAAUGGACGAGCUCCAGCAGUUCAACCACGUCUCGAACCUGCGAGGGGAGGCCUCCCUGGGCUGGUGGCGCAGCGAGGUGGACGAGCUGCAGGACCUGCUGGACGUCCGCCUGAGCGAGCUCCGCGCCGGGGUGCGCAGCGACCUGCGCGAGGAGCUCGUUCGCAGUAACCUUCAGCCACUCCUGAUGUCCCUGAUGACCAGCCGCCUGCAGACCGCCCAGAGAGUGCGCAUCAUGAUGUGCGCCGUGGCCGACACAUGGACACUAGCAACUACCCACCCGAUUCAAGCCCACUUCACGGACGAGCUGGAAGGCUUCAAGGCGAGGGUCGAGGGCCUCCGCUCGGAGAUGAGUGCCGAAGCUCUGAAGGCUCUAGGAACCCUCCAGAAGUACCUGGACAGGUGCCGACCACCUGGCGAGGCAGAACCCGAGGUCGACCACGAGACGCUGAUGCUGGAUGAGCGCGUGACCAAAUUUGUGCAGGGAGAAACCAUCCAGCUCAGUAUCCCAGUCGAGGCGACCUCAGCUGCAGCAGACGACCAGGAGGCUACGGAGGAUUCCGACGGUGAGGAGCCGGCGCACCACGCUGCCCAGCGCGUGGCGGUGCGCCGUCGCGUCUUGGCUCGAUGA